AUGGUGUUCUGUUCUACUAUAACACUAUCAGAAACUGGAGUAGCAGCAACAAGAGAAGUACGAGCAAUAUCUACAGCUACAAGAUGGGUAAGUGUUAACGGUACCGGUAUUAGUAGUAAUAAGAUAGUUUUACCAGGUUGCAAAGAUAGAUGUGGGAAUAUAAUUGCUAGUAUCAGUUCGUAUGGUGCUUUUUAUGAAGUUUCAGUAGUCACGUUAGACUAUGUUCGUAUUAAUAGACCGGUCAUCGCCUUGUGUGACUAUGACCGUGUUAACUAUACGACGCGCUUAGAAGAGCUGGUUUAUCUUUGGACUGAGUUGUUAGACUUCAGUGAAAGUGGAACAUCUUUCACCAUCUCCAACACUCUCAAUAAGUUAAUAAUUUUAGGUUGCAACAUUUACGGCUCCAUUUCACCGGCGGAUGAUUCAUCAAGAAAUGGUAAUCAAAAAAUAGAUGUCACAAGCAGUGGGUGUGCAUCUCACUGCACCAACGGAUACAUAGGUAUCCCAUCUCCCUGUGUUGGCAAUGGUUGUUGCAAGGCAACAAUCCCAAAUCCCAAUGGACUAGCAGGAUUCAAAAUACAAGUUGAGAGAAUAGUUGGUCGUCAAACGGACUCUGUUGUUCCAUACACAGAACCUUGUCUCCGUGUCUUUGUGGCCGACCAAGAUUUUACUGGGGAUGAUGAUUUGAUUCUGUCUAGGAAUUACUCACCAUUUGCAUCUGUGAUUAUGGAAUGGGUAAUAAAUGACUUCGACACAUGCAACAAGACUGAUAGUAGAUAUGCUUGCGGCAUAAAUACUGAUUGCCUUGAAUCUCAUAUUGGUCGUGGUUAUCGCUGCAAAUGUUCAAAAGGCUACCGAGGAAAUCCUUAUCUUCAACAUGGCUGUCAAGAUGUUGAUGAAUGCAAAGAAGAAUCACACAAAUGCGGAAGUGGAUUUCUUUGCACCAAUACACCUGGGAGUUAUAACUGUGAUUGCGCACCUGGUGAGAAAUUGGGGAUCAGCAGUUUGGGGUAUCAUUGUAUGCCUGACAAACGAAAACUUCAAGUUGCUGCACUUGUGGCAUCAGGUGUUGUAGUAUCUGUUUGUUAAGGCAUACAAUACGUGUGUGUUGCCUAACACAUGUAUAUCUUGUUAAGGAAGUCUUUUGUAUUUUUAGGAAACUAUUCUAGGUUUGAAAGUCUUUU